CUCCCGCAGGUGCAGCACGCCAGCAAGCAGAUCGCCGCGGACAAGCAGUACAAGGGCAUCAUCGACUGCGUGGUGCGCAUCCCGCGGGAGCAGGGCGUCCUGUCCUUCUGGCGCGGCAACCUGGCCAAUGUGAUCAGGUACUUCCCCACCCAGGCGCUCAACUUUGCCUUCAAAGACAAAUACAAGCAGAUCUUCCUGGGCGGCGUUGACAAAAGGACCCAGUUCUGGCGUUACUUUGCGGGUAACCUGGCGUCCGGGGGCGCCGCCGGCGCCACGUCCCUGUGUUUCGUCUACCCCCUUGACUUUGCCCGAACCCGCCUGGCCGCUGAUGUGGGUAAAGCGGGGGCUGACCGAGAGUUCAGUGGGCUCGGUGACUGCCUGGUCAAAAUCUUCCGGUCGGAUGGCCUUAGGGGCCUUUACCAAGGCUUCAAUGUGUCUGUCCAGGGCAUCAUUAUCUACAGAGCUGCCUACUUUGGCAUCUACGACACCGCAAAGGGCAUGCUUCCUGACCCAAAGAACACCCACAUCGUCAUCAGCUGGAUGAUCGCUCAGACGGUCACUGCUGUUGCUGGCUUGACCUCCUAUCCUUUCGAUACGGUUCGUCGUCGCAUGAUGAUGCAGUCCGGGCGUAAAGGAACUGACAUAAUGUACACCGGCACGAUCGACUGCUGGCGGAAGAUUGCCCGCGAUGAGGGUUCCAAGGCAUUUUUCAAAGGUGCUUGGUCAAAUGUACUCCGAGGAAUGGGUGGUGCUUUUGUCCUAGUCCUGUACGACGAAAUCAAGAAGUACACAUAAGUUAUUUCCUGUUCUGAACUGGCAUGUUGUGUUAUGUAAUCUAUGACCAUUCAUGGACUGUAUCAAAACGGUCUAGUUACUAAUCAGUGGCAACUGGUAUUUAUACAGGUUGGCAUGGGGCAGGGGUGACUGCCUGCCCUGUCUUCAUGAAGUCAUUCCUCUAACGGGACUCAAACAUGGUUUCUAUUUCAAUCGCUCCAGCUUAAAGAGUAUGAAAAAAUAAAAGUCUGAAACCAA